AUGGUUAAUUCAAAAAAACAUGAUAUAUUAGUACGAUAUCAUAAUUUACUGGAAAAUAAUAUUGUUCUAACUGAUAAUUUCCUUCGGUGGUUUAAAGAGAAAAAAGUUUUUCCUGACUUUAUUUUUGAUGACAUUCAAGCUAUAUCAUCACCAUGUGAAAGAAAUAAAAAGUUUCUUUUGAGUAUUAUCGAUAAUGGUGAUAUAGGCUUUACAAAAUUAGUUGAAGGUUUAACUUUGAAUGGCCAACCAUUUUUAGGUGAACUUCUCGACAGUGAAGAUAGGAAAGCAUCUGAAUUAACACCAGAUGCAAGCGAACGAGUGUUUAUCGAUGAUGACUUGCUAAGAAAAUGUCCUGGUAUUGAUAAACUACGCGCCGAUGCACGAGAAAAACUUAAAACAUAUCUUCAAACACAAUUAUUAAAAGCGCAUUUAAAUGAUGUAUGGAAAUCACAAAAUCAAUCCAGAGCAGUAGAAGUAAUUAACCUAAAACGGCAACACUAUGAGGCUCAACAAAAAUUAUCUGAAACAAUCGCAGAAGAAAAACGUGCUGUUAUGGGUUUAAAAGAUUUAAUGCGAAGUGAACAACUUACUCGGAAACGAAAAGAAGAGGAAACAAACGAACUUCGUAAAACAGUCGAUAAACUCCAAUCGGAAUUUGACCAGAGAUGGUCCGGUCAAAUUAAAAUGGUCGAUGCUAAUAAUAGAUGUUUAUUUAAAAUGAAUGAUAAAAUGGCAGUGCUUACCGACUGGUUUGCCAAUCUAGAUACCACCUUAGAAAUGAACGUUCUACAAGCCGGUUCGCAAUACGAUACGGCAGAUCAGUUACAAAAAAAACUUCGGCAAUAUACAGUAGAAAUUGAUGGUCUUCGAAUGAGAAGUGCUGGUACAGACAAACUUAAAGAAGAUUUGUACGAAGCACUUUACACAAGUCGAUAUAUACCAAUAGAUGAUCGAAAAAAUAAACCAUUGUAUGAAUUAUUACUACGUUUAUAUGGCAAAAAUCAAGUAACUGAGUUAUCACAAAUAUGCACGAAGGAUGCUCUACAAUUGAACUUAGAGCGUGAUCGAGCAAAUGAAAUUCGUAUGCGUGAUAUCAAAAUUGAUGAACUCAAUCAACUUAAUCGAGAAUUAGAAGACGAAAUUAAACGUCUGAAAGCAGCCUCACCACCGCCACCGCCGCCGCCUACUGCUGAACGAUCAACAGUUAAAUCUGUUAAACCACAAUGGCGUCAAGUGCCGACUUCAGUUGCAGUAACACCGCGUGAAACAACUAAAACCCGUCAAACAUUAAAACCAGUGUCAGUUCAAUUUGGUACAAAGCCUUAA